AAAAAAAAUGGGGAGUGGGGAGAGAGUGGAUGUUGAUUGUUGACAGAAUGUCAUUCCAACCGCUUGAAAUAAUAAUUUUACUUUUCAAUUUAGAAAAAAAUAGAAAAAUCGGGCAAAAAUUACAACACCGUUGCGUAACUAUAGCUUUAAAAUAGUAGUUUUUUUAAUCACAAGGCUACUUGAUCUCAUAAAGGUUGCAAAGUGGUGGCAAUGCAUUAGUUGGGUGCAUUUUGAUUCUGGUUACAAUAUUGUGGUAGUUUUUGUUUAUUUUGUAUCACCAAUGGAAGUAAAAUUGUAGUCACUCAUACAGUUCUGUAAAUGUAGAGACAAAGCAACAAGCAAACAUGCAGGCGGACGACCCACCGUAUCUUUCUGUUGGGACUGCAGUUAGUGCUAAAUAUAAGGGAGCAUUUUGUGAAGCAAAAGUCAGUAAAGUUGUGCGUAUCGUAAAAUGUAAAGUGACCUAUAAAAUGGGUUUGGGUACUGCAACUGUGAGUGAUGAACAGGUUAAAGGUACUUUAAGAGUUGGACACACAGUGCAAGCCAAACAUCCUGAAAAGAAGGAGUUCGUGGAAGCUACAAUUGGCAAGAUUCAAGACUGUAGUCAGUACACCGUUGUUUUUGAUGAUGGGGACAUAACAACAUUAAGACGGUCAGCUUUGUGUCUAAAAAGUGGAAGACAUUUUAAUGAAAGUGAGACCCUAGAUCAGUUACCCUUGACUCAUCCUGAACACUUUGGCAAUCCAGUUGUAGGUGGCAGAAGAGGGAGGCGAAAUAGACAGUUAAAGGAGGAUAGCAGCGAGGGUGAAGGGGAAGAAGAAAAUGAACCUGAUUUAGAAGGUUACUCCAUAGACAUAGGACGCGUUGUUAGUGUUGAAGCUACUGACAAAAAAAGAGGGAAAGAUAAUUGGUUUCCUGGGCUGGUUGUUAUUCCAUCAGCUCAACCUACUGUAAGAAUUAAUGUAAAAGAUGAAUACUUGGUUAGAUCAUUUAAAGAUGGUCGAUAUUACACGGUACCUAAAAAGGAAGUCUCAGAAUUUAGCAGAGAAUUAGGUGAAAAAGUUGAAAGUUCUGUGUUAGCAGAAGCUGUAAAUAAGGCCUUAAAAUACCUUGAUAACAAUGAAUUACCAGUACACUGGGAAAGAAAUUCAUUGUUUAAUAUGCAGUCAAUUGAUAGUGAUUCUGAUGAAAAUUAUAGUGAUUCUUCUGAUGACGAACCAAAUGAAGAAAAAGACAGGUUUGUGGCACAGUUAUACAAGUUUAUGGAUGAUUCGGGAACGCCGCUGAAUAAAAGUCCCAUGAUAGGAAACAAAGAUGUAGAUUUACACAAAAUGUUUAGGGUGGUUCACAAAUUAGGUGGCUAUAAUCGAGUAACAAAUAAAAAUAAAUGGAGAUUAAUUACCACUCGAUUAAAAUUGCCAAAUAAUCAAGCGACGUUUAAUCAAGUGAAAAAUGUGUAUAAAAAGUGUUUAUUAAGUUACGAAUCGUUUUACAAAACCUUAGGUGUAACAAUGUUAAAUCAUAGUAUAUCUGCCAAGAAGAAUCGCGGAAGGUCAUUAAUUCGUGAUAAAGACAGAUCAACUCCAGUGAAUAGCCCUAAACCUGAUAAAGAUGAUGAUAUCUUAGAAAAAAAAGAUGAUGAGAAAAGUAUCCCGGAAGAUAAAAGUAAGAAAAAGAUGGACUUUAAGAGAGAAGAUGAAAAAAGGCGGAAAGAACUUGUCGAAAACAGCGACACUAAUAGUAGCGAUGCUACUGAUCAAUCUGAAUCUGUGCCAAGUACGUCCAAAGAUAUUGGAAGACCCCGACGGAUCGACCGAUUGAAAGAGAAAAAAGCGAAAACGCCAGUUGGUGACAAAGUCAAACCUGAAAGUAUAAAAAAGGAUGAUGAAGAAAAAAUCCAACAGACAAGGUCUAAGUCACAAACACUCAAACCUAAAGAAGUGGUAAACAGUUUAAAGAAAGAUACAAAAGCUGGGGACAAUGCACUGAAAAUAGCUCCAAAACAAACAACAAAGAAAAGUGAUGAUGAUAAGAAGAGGGGACGCAAGAAAAUUAAUUCAGAUGAAAAGGCAUCUGUUGAAAUUGUUACUGACAGCCUUUCAGGACAGACAAUUAGUGUUGGUGAUAAAUUGAAAGUUUACUACGGUCCCACUCAUGAGCAGAAAGUAACAUAUGAAGCAAAAGUCUUAGAGAUUGAAAAGGAGCCUUCAGGUCUACAGUAUCUUGUACAUUAUACAGGCUGGAAUACAAGAUAUGAUGAAUGGAUAGCACCUAGUCGUAUUGCAGAAAAUCUCAGCGCUAACACGAAAGCUAAAAGAUUAAAACAGGGUACUGUCUCAGCGUCUACAUCUUCUAGUAAAACUUCUACUGUUACUAAAACAUCUAGUGCUAAACGCGGCCGAGGCACUUCUGUUACAAGUAGGAUUACCACUACUACUAGCACUACUGAACCACCGCGCUCAACAACCCCAUCUAGUGUUACUUCUUCUUCUAGUAGAACCAAGAGUCCAGCAACACCUGCUACACGAUCUACAAGUCGUAUGACUCGUUUGGAUUAUGGACGCAAAACUCGAAGGGCUUCAGCUCAAACAGACGUUUCAAAUCACUCAGAAUCCGAUUCUGAAAUUUCCGAAAGUGAAGCGGAAUUAACUCGAACGAGGAGUGGAAAUAAAUCUGAGGACGUGGAAAUUAGAACGUAUAAAAAGAAGAUAUCAAGAACACCAACGGUCACAAAAUCGGAGAAAUUGAAGGAUAAGGAAGACGCGGAUACUGAGAAGGAAGAAGAAUCUGACAGAUCCAAACGUACAAGAAAAUUGAAAAAAUCUCCAGAAAAAUCGGGCGAAGAAAGCGAUGAAGAUAACGGGUCGAACUUACCGAAAGGAAGAGAUUUCGAUCUAAAUCAGAUUCGGUCCGAAUUGAAAGGUUUUAAUAAAGCUGUCAAAGUGCCAUCGCUUGAAGCUGCCGAAAAGGAAGUGUUAUCGUCAUCAGAUGAUUCAAGUACUCCAAUACUAACAAAAAUCGAAACCGUAGAAGAGAAAAAAGAAAUCAAAGCAAUCGAAACGUCGCCCACGUCUGACGAUAUCUACGAGUUCAAAGAACCGGAACCGUUUGAGUUCGAAUCGCGUGCGAAAAUGGUGGAUGACAAGGCGUCGAAGAAACGAAUACCUCGAUUAUACGAAGAUCUUGAAAAGAGCCCGAAAAAGAAAAUCAUAAAAUCGCCAGGCAAAUCGGAUAAGGAUAGUCCAGAGCUUGAUAAAAAGAGGUUUAGGAGGACACCGGUACGGAAACAAGAUGAAUCGGAAGAAGAUGAGAAAAAGGAUGAUGAGGAUCCAUUUGAUAAGCUUGUUGAGUCGCCAUCGUUCAAUAUAAAACCGCUGGAAAAAGUUGUUGAAAGUAAGCCAAAAGUGUUGAGGAGUACUCCAGAAGAAGCUUUGAAUGUGUUUAGAGAUGCUGUUGAGGAAUACACCAGAGAUAUUGAUUUGUCUGAUAACGAAUCGCAAGGACAACAUCUUUUCACGCGGGAUGAUGAACUUUUCUCGGGUACUUUUACCAAAUACUCGCCUGAAAGAAAUCUUGACCUUGAUUUUUCAAGUAAAGUGGAAGAUAUAAAAAAGGAAAACGAUGAUUUGGAGUCAAUUAGAGAGUCUAUCACAAGAGCAAUCGAAAGAACUCCAUCUAGUGACGAGUGUGAUAAUUUAAGCGACGAAGACGAUGAUUUAGUUAUUACUACAUCAACGAUAACGUACCAAGGUAAAAAACGAGAAGCGGAUUCUACUUCGGUAAUAGUGGAUGCUAAUCUGAUUGAAUCUACAAGCCAAGAAGAUGUUGAAGUCAAAGUUGAAGUUAAAGAAGAAGUUAUCCACAAGAGUCCUAUUUUACAGAUCUCUCCUGCUCUCCAAGAGACAGAUAGCUCACUGCUAGAGUCGAUAUGUUCACAGCCUUUAGCAAUUUCGACAAAAUUAGAAGAUACAAAAGACCUUAAUUUAAAAACCGGCACAAGGAUCGCAGAUUCUCUACUACAGAAAUUGACUUCUAUAAAUAAUAAACCAGACUCUGACAGUGAACAAGAUAUUAAAAAAGAAGUAGAUAAAGAUACUGACAUAGAUGAUGGUAUCAAGUUGAUAGAUGUUACAAGGAUGAUUAAACAAGUUGAAUUAAAAGUCAAACCUUCUGACAUGGAAGUAAAAAAAUCUGCCACUCCAACGAAAAUAGAGCCUAUCAGCGAUAUUAAAAAAAGAAGAAAAGUUGUCAGUAGAGCGUACAUAGAGGAAUCUGAUUCAAACAGCAGCGAUUCGGAACAACUCGUCAUUGCAAGAUCAGAUGAAGAUUCUCAGACGACUUCAUUAGAUAAACCUGACCUUAAAGAAAGCGACAGCAAUAUGUCUACCGCUCAUAUUGGAACUACAGACGAUUCUCAGUCUCAAGAAGAACAACGAAAUUUCAAAUUUGACACCACAGACAAGUCGUUGAGUCCUGAACCGAUAAAAGAAGAACAACACGAACCUGAAAAUGUCAAAGAAGAUGAGCCAGAUUCUCAGCUUCACUCGUUGCUUUUAUGCGAGGAAACGAUACCCAGAAGUCCGGCGCCUGCAUCAGAAGGUUCUAGCGUUGUUGAACAAAAACCUAAAGCGAAAUCGGUUUUAGAAAUGCCUUUUGCCAGUGCGCCUGGCAAUUGUAAUAAUAAAAAUAUGCUGCUAAAUAACGAACACAAACCAGUAACGAAACCACAGCCACCGCCAUUAGUACUGCCUAUAGCAAAUAGGGAUAAUCGUGAUGUUUCGACCGUCAUCACUCCACCUUCAACACCAGGCAGUUCCACAAGUGGGGACCAUGGGGAUUUAUCUCCUAAUACUAUAGAAAAUGAAAGUUGUAAGUCAAACGACGCAGAAUUGGAUUAUCCAAGGAAACGAAGAAAUUCUUCUCUUAAUAAAGUACCGUUGUAUAGUGAAGAUGAUACUCAAAUGACCAAUGAACCUAGCACCGGAAAAAAAUCUCGAGAGGAAUGUGUGGCGGCUUCUUGUAGAAAACGCCGAAAAUCUGUAAGAGGUAUCGACGAAAUACCGGCGAAACGAGGGCGUAAACCUCUCAACCGAUCAAGGCAAAAUAGCGACAGCGAUGACACUUCUGAACAUUCAUUAACGGGUUCUGCUACGAAUUUAGGUUUACCAUCAUAUGAUAGAACUUCAAAAUCACCAAGACCUUCAAAGUACAACUUUUUCGUGGAAUUUGAUCCAAGUUUGAACAGUGGCCAAAGAAUUGCCGUAUUACAACAAAAAUUAUCGGAGCUUCGUAAAACUUAUGCUGAAGUGAAAGCCGAAUUAGCAGCUGUAGAAAGGCGUAGGAAAAAAAUUCGACGAAGAGAGCGUGAAGCGCUGAAGGCUUCAAAGCAAGAAAUGGUUUGUGGAUGAUCCAAAUUGUACAACCAGUGCUCUUCCAAUUUUAGACUGUAAGAAACGCUGUAAAAUAUUUUUUAUGUAGUGUAUUGUAAGAAAUGAUUUUAUCAAAUACCUGCUGCGAGGUUUAAUUGUCUUUAUUUUUUGUAUAUCGUUGUUGUCAGUCUUAUUUAAGAGAUAUUUGUUAUUAUACUAUAAUAUUUUGUUAGCUGAAGACUUAAAAAGUAUAUCGUAACAGACAUAAGAUGAGAUCUCGUCAAUAAUUUAAACUUUAAACAAGAUUUUAUCAUUGUUUAAAGUUUAGUUGCAUUAAUAUGAUGCCAGAUAUAUAUAUAAUUUGUUUAAAACAUUGGAAUGUGGUAUAGAUUGUUUAUAAAUAGUACCCACAUUUAUUUGUACAUAAUUUUGUUAUUAUAUAGUUAGAGAGCAUCUUACAACUAACAUUAAGGCAUUAAAUUUAUACUCCAAUUAUUUUGAUUACCUUGUUGUAUAAUUAACUUAUGUUAGUUAAGUUGUACUAAUAUAUUAUAUUCUUGCAAAGGAGAUGCUAAAUUCGUGUAAAAUAUAUUUGGCUCUCACAGUGGCAAUACUUUUAUAUGAUUUAUUUAUUUGGAAUAAAAUAGAAUUAAUAAUUU